UGGUAGUGGUGUUUCUCUCAAAAUGGUUCUCUUUUCUUUCCCCCAUGGACCGGGUUUUCUCCAGGGGAGAAUGGCAGCCGAGAACUCUUCGGUGACAGAAUUCAUCCUUGCAGGCUUAACAGACCAGCCAGGACUGCAGAUCCCCCUCUUCCUCCUGUUUCUAGGUUUCUAUGUGGUCACCGUAGUGGGGAACCUGGGCUUGAUAACGCUGAUUGGGUUGAACUCGCGCCUGCACACCCCCAUGUACUUCUUCCUCUUCAACCUCUCCUUAAUAGACUUCUGUUACUCCACUACCAUCACUCCCAAAAUGCUGAUGAGUUUUGUCUCAAGGAAGAACAGCAUCUUGCAUGCAGGGUGUUUGACUCAGCUGUUUUUCUUCUGCUUCUUUGUCAUCUCUGAGUCCUUCGUCCUGUCAGCGAUGGCAUAUGACUGCUAUGUGGCCAUCUGUAAGCCACUGGUGUACACAGUCAGCAUGUCUCCUAAGGUCUGUUUACUGCUUUUGUUGGGUGUGUACGUGAUGGGGUUCUCAGGGGCCAUGGCCCACACAGGAAGCAUAGUAAGCCUGAUCUUCUGUGCUGACAACCUCAUCAAUCAUUUCUUGUGUGAUAUCCCUCCUCUGCUUGAGCUGGCUUGCAACAGCUCUUCUGUGCACGAACUGGUGGUCUUCAUAGUUGUGACCACUGUUAUUGGAAUGGUCACUGUCACCAUCUCCAUCUCUUAUGCUCUAAUCCUUUCCAGCAUUCUCCGCAUUCACUCCACUGAGGGCAGGUCCAAAGCUUUCAGUACAUGCAGCUCCCACAUAAUUGUGGUUUUCCUUUUCUUUGGUUCUGGGGCUUUUGUGUAUCUCAAACCACCUUCCGUUUUGCCCCUUGACCAAGGGAAAGUGUCGUCCCUGUUCUAUACCAUUGUGGUGCCCAUGUUAAAUCCACUGAUAUAUAGUUUGAGGAACAAGGAUGUCAAAGCUGCCCUGAGGAAAACCUUGGGAAAAAAUAAUUUCUUGAGAAAGAAAUAG